GACGUGCGGGAGAUCCACCCGGGGAUCGGGGGAUGCGGGUUCCUGGGCCCGGCUCCCCGAGGGGUGCAGGCCGUGGAGACGCCCGAGAGUCUGCCUUUCUCUCCUCUUACCACCUGCACAUACCUUGAGGGAAGACAGCCCCUGGAUUAACUUCUGACCCCCAGUCCCAAAGUGGGCGCCCUUGGUUCCAGGUGAUAGUGGCCGGUCAUGGGGGCGCGCGCAGGGUGGUCGUCGCUCACUGCCGGCGAGUCAGUUCCGUUCUUGACGAGGGAGGUGUCUGUGCACCAGCUCGGCGGGUACUUGGGCUUCAGAGCUGCACUGUACCUGAUGGCGAAGCAUCCACUCCGAAGGCGUAAGAAGCAGUAUGACCAGCUUUCCGCUUUCGUAUUGUGAUUCAUUGGGUCUUGAGUUUAGGAUUUUAUUUUGUUACCAUUUUAGGUCUAUUAAGAUUUUCAGAGCUGUUUUCAUACAGAUGGGAAAAUAAUGUCAGUGUCUGCAGCCUAAGUCCACUGAAAAAUGCCUGUCUACCCGGUUUCCUGUUUAUAGAAAGGAAUUGAAAUGAGGUUACUGUGAUAGAACCAGUAUCUGACUGUUGGUUAAUGGUUGCAAGAAGGCCUCAUCCACUUAGCAGUGCAGAUCAUGCAUUCUAAAAUAUCCCUGGGAAACAGGUUUCUCUGGAUUUUGAACCUCCAUUUUGUAAAUGCAAUUGAAAUUGAUCUGACCUAUGAUGGGCCAAACAUGCAGUGUGUUGACUAAUCCUGAAACAAGAGUGCAGUUUGUGUAAGUAGGGGAGAGCACUCCUGUAAGACCGUGGCUUCAGAAGAGUGGGUGCCCCAACCCACGAUUGAGUUGUGUUCCAGAAGCUUCUCUGUACAUCCGCCCUCUUCCACCCCAAGCCUUUUCUAUCUGAAGUUGUAUGUUAUGUGCAGUUACAGUAUUAUAACUUGAGGAAGCCUAACAGCCCACCUGAAGACAGAUGUUUUCCAGUUCAGUCUGGGGAUACUCUGCCUGAGGGAAGAGAAGUGCCUGCCCCGGCACCUGCCCCAGCCUCUGUCCAGCAGUCAGGGGAAUUUAACGAAUGCAGAUGCAUAGAUCCCAUCCCAGAGAUGUCCAUUCAGUGCAGCCUGGGCGUCUGGAGAUGUAAAGGUUUGCAGAAGACUCAAACUAAGCUUGCGACCCCCACUCCCCGCCCCCACCCGGGACAUCAUGGGGGCAGGAAGUGGUCUCAUCCACAGGGGGCUGCGUGGGCAGGCAGUGGAGAGACAGAUUUUGGACCUCAGAUUGAGAACCUGAAUAAGAAGCUCUUCACGGUGGUUGCCUGGGACCCCCGCGGAUAUGGACACUCCCGACCCCCGGAUCGGGAUUUCCCAGUGGACUUCUUUGAGCGAGACGCAAAAGAUGCCAUUGAUUUGAUGAAGACGCUGAAUUUUAAGAAGGUCUCUUUGCUGGGGUGGAGUGACGGGGGGAUAACAGCCCUCAUCGCGGCCGCACGGUACCCCUCGUAUGUCAGCAAGAUGGUGGUCUGGGGGGCCAACGCCUACGUGACCAAGCAGGACGUGGAGAUUUACCAGGGACUCCGGGAUGUUUCUAAGUGGAAUGAGAGGAUGAGAAAACCUCUGGAAGCCCUCUAUGGGUUCGACUACUUUGCCAGAACCUGUGAAAAGUGGGUGAAUGGCAUAGACCAAUUUAAGCAUCUUCCAGACGGGAGCAUCUGUCGGGACCUGCUCCCCCUGGUCCAGUGCCCCACCUUAAUCGUGCAUGGUGAGAAGGAUCCUCUGGUCCCACGUUUCCAUGCCGACUUCUUACACAGACACGUGAGAGGGUCGCGGCUCCAUCUGAUGCCAGAAGGCAAGCACAACCUGCAUUUACACUUCGCAGACAAAUUCAACAAGUUAGUGGAAGACUUCCUUCAGUGACCAUGUCCCAGGAUGCGUGGUCUGGUGAGGUCUGGGCCUGCGGGUCAGCCCUCAGCUCACCGGCCUACCAGGCUCCCUGUGCUUCCCCCGACGGCUCCUAAUCCGGUACCACUGAGGACACAGCAUCCUCAUUCAUAGCUACAGAGCUUGAAUCUGACCUUUUCAUACUGUGAUUUUCUUCCAUUGCCUUAAAUAAAUGCCUGUCAUGAUUUACUUUACUUUCAGGUGAGGUUAAGCAUGUGUAGUGUUCACGACUGCUGCUCUAAGAUGAGCUGAAUGUACGCGGUGCCCUUUGUCAGGGGUGCAGGCGUGCCCUGGCCUCUGGAGUCACCACGUCGUCCAGAGAUGGGGAAGCUGAAAAUGGCCCCCGCCCAGGGCCCUGGAUUCCACGUGUUCACGGGGUUGCUGGGAUCAGAGCCAGCUGGGGAAGGUCAGCGUGGUGCCCUCCUCCCUCUCUACCUUCACACUCCUGGGUGCUUGUCCCUGAAUACUUUGGGCCAGUGGAGAUAAAUUUGCUUGCUUGCCUCUCUUUCCCUGGUGUCUCAGAUGGUAAAGAAUUCACCUGCAAUGCAGGAGAGACCCAAGUUAAAUCUCUGGUUUGGGAAGAUCCCCUGGAGAAGUGAAUGGCAACAUACUCCAGUCUUCUUGCCUGACAAAUCCCAAGAACAGAGGAGCCUGGGGGGCUACAGUCCAUGGGGUCGCAGAGUUAGACAUGACUGAGUGACUUAACACUUUAAACACUUGCCUGUCUUUACUAAAAGAGCAGAAAGGCUAUUAAUUAAAAAUAUGAAAAUAAAAAUCCUAUUAAAAGUUACUAAACCCAGAAACAUACUUAGAAAGGAAGCAUUUAGUGAAAGAAUAAAAAUUAUUUGCAAUAAAGAGA